CGUAGCCUACACCUCAACAUCUCUCUAGCAAUAUCAGACCUUCAUCUCAGCAUCACUGAAGCAAUACCAGACCUUCAUCUCAACAUCACUCCAGCACGCGGGUUCGCUAUGGAGCAGCAGUACGGAAGCUGACUCUCGAUGUCAUGGAAACAGAUGCUUGAAUAAGAGCGUCACAUCCCACUGUUUGAAGAGGGACUGACCGUCAGAAUCCAUUGCUGUGAAUAAGCGGCAGUGGCAUCAUGAACUUCUUCUCACCAAUUCUCUCGCUUGUGUUGCUCUUCUGUAUCAGAGUAUCGGGACAAUGCUGGCAGGCCGCAACCUACUCUGAGAGUGUAGUGUCUCCGGAGCUGAGGAGCAGCAGUAUUUUGCGGGUUCCGGAUGUUUCGUCUCUGGCCCAGUGUGCGGGGGCCUGCUGCGAUCUCUCGGGCUGUGACCUGGCCUGGUUUUUUGAGCGUCGCUGCUAUGUCCUUAGUUGUCAGCGCAAAGAGAACUGCCAGCCGAAGCAGAGACCUGGUACUGACUCUCUCCUGGCAUUUCUGCAACGUGGGCCCCCACAGACACUGGUUCUGCAGUCCCUGGUUCGAGGAGAGUCUUUCCCAAACCACUGGCAGCCCAGGCACAGGGGCUCUGAGGACCCCAUGAAGGACCUUGCCUUGUUAGAAGGCAUUCAGGAUUUGGACAACACUGAUGCUGAGUAUGCCGAGAGUUUCCGAAGUUUGGAGGACAAAAGAGCUGAAGACAGAGAUGCUGCAACAGUAGAACAAGAAGAGCGGCCUGGGCUAUAUGACUGGCCAAUUGUUCAAGGAAAAGAAGAAUUCAACCAAUCAGAGACGGAGAGAGUUGGUGAAAGACUGACAACAGUGCAGGGCCCUCUUGAAAGCAGCCCCUUUCCUCCAAGUCACUUCCCAGAAAUGAGGAAUGAAAGCAAAUCAUCUCUUAUUGAAGCAGAUUCUGAUGUUAAGCCCCCAUUAAUCACGACACUUAACACAAGGGUUGAAGAAGACCCACAGAACGUUUCAUCUGCUGCUGCUGCACCUAACGUCCUGCAAGACAUCAGCUCAGAGCCAUCGGGGUUCAGCACAGUCAGUGGUUCCUUCCCUACUCCACCCAGCACUGAGGCCACACUGCGAAUGAUCUCAGAAGAGCCAGUAAUAGCGCUGACUGUGUCCAUUAAUGGCCCUGUGGAAGCAACACUGCCUCAAAAUACUGUUGAACUAACUGCUUCUGUAAAUCACGAUGACACUGCAGAAGCUCCUUACACAUAUGAGUGGACUUUGGUAACCUCACCGGAUGGACAUCAUGGAGUAAUGGAGGGGCGGCACAACAAGUCUGUCAAAAUUUCAGAACUUUCAGUGGGUGUUUAUACCGUCAGAGUGAGUGUGAAAGCGCAACAAGCGUAUGGAGAAAGUGCUGUGAACUUCACAGUACGCUCUGCAGUGAAUAUAAACAAGCCUCCAAAAGCUGUCACUCUGCCCAUGAGCCAAGAUGUGCUUUUCCAAGAAGGUCCCAUCUUCAUCAUUAAUGGCAGUCAAAGUGUGGAUGAUGCUGGAAUAGUCAGUUACCUGUGGGAGAAGGUGGAUGGCCCUUUUUGGCAACCUGAAGGCCCUGUUGAUACACCUGUACUGCAGCUACAAAAUCUUUCACCAGGAGAAUACACCUUCAAGCUGACAGUGUCUGAUUCUGAUGGGCUGACCGACUCCAGCACUGCCACGGUAAGGGUCAGCAUACCAAAAGAUGACCCUCCUCGGGCCAGAGCAGGUGCUGACCGGGUCGUCACCCUGCCUGUCAGCCACCUCACCUUGUGGGGUAACCACAGCACGGAUGACCACACCAUUACAAGCUACCUCUGGACUCUCCAUCCCAGAAGCCUGACCCAAAAGGUCACCAUGCAGGAUGUGAGAUCACCAUUCCUGCAGCUCUCGGAUCUCCAGGAGGGUCGGUACAUGUUUCAGCUGACAGUCACUGACUCCAGAGAUCAACAGGAUUCAGACACUGUCUCAGUCACUGUUCUGCCUGCAAACAAAGCACCAGUCGCUAUAACAGGACCAGACAGGCAGCUUCUCCUCCCACUCAACAGCAUUACAUUGAAUGGCAGUGACAGCACUGACGAUCAGGCCAUCAUCAGCUACCAAUGGGACUUGAUCAGUGGCCCUCCAGGCUUGAAGAUAAAAGAUGCCAAUAAAGCAGUUGCCAUAGCGACGGGCCUGAGAUCUGGGAAUUACAAGUUUAGGCUGACUGUGACAGAUCAGCAGGAAGAAACAGACAGCGCAGUCCUGACCCUCACCAUUAAAGAAGCAAAAAGCUUGCCAUUGGUCGCCCAUGCCAGCGGCAGUCACACACUCACUUUACCCAACAACUCUUUGGUGCUCAGGGGCUCCGUAUCCAACAGUGGAACAGCAAAUGUGUCUUUUCUUUGGGUUAGAGAUGAACAGAGCCCUGCUGCCGGGGAUGUGUUAUAUGGUUCAGAUCAUGAGGCCUUCCUUUACAUCGCCAACCUGGUAGAAGGAACAUACCUGUUCCAACUCCGGGUCUCGGAUAUCCAGGGCCGCUCAAGCAUGGCUACAGCUACUGUGGAAGUACGCCCUGAUCCACGCGAGCGAGAGGAGGUGGAGCUUGAGCUGCAGGUGGGCAUGGCUCAGGUCAGUCAGCAGCAGAAGGAGACAGUGGUGAGACAGCUGGCCGCAUUACUACAUGUUCUGGACUCAGACAUUGCACUGAAGGGCCUGCAUGGCCAGUCAGACAUCAGCACAGUAUUUAGGUUCUCAGUGCAGGGUCCUGAUGGUACAUUUCCAGGGCCUAAGCUCGCUCGUCUGCUGAGAAACCAGCUGUUGCGAGAGAAAAGUGACUUCUUGCUCUUUAAGGUCUUAAGAGUGGACACAGUUAUGUGUUUGCUGCUGUGUUCUGAACGUGGUCAGUGUGAUCCCAUAACAAAGAGCUGUUCCUGUGACCCUCUUUGGAUGGAUAACCCCAUUCGCCGCUUGCUUGAUGAUGGCGAGAGCAAUUGUGACUGGAGCGUGUUGUAUGUCACAAUCUCUUGUUUCGUGACAAUAAACUUUCUGAAUGUUAAUGUGCCGGACUAA